GCCUUCGAGUCGAGUUUUACGCACUUGUCAGCAAGGACUCGGCCGUAAAAGGCCUCUUCUCCAUCCGGGUCUUUCCAUUUUCGGGAGUAGCUCGGAUUGCGGAGCUUAAUCUGGAUACCAGGCUGCGCAGGAAGUUGGCGGACGGUCGGCUGACGAGGCGCUCUAGCCGAGCGGUUUUCGUCUCUAUGACCACAGGAGGCCGUCUCCGGUGUCCCGAGGAGGGCGCGUGGAGGGGGCGUGCGUCAGUUCCGCGCGGGGCUGUCGGGGAACCAUGGCUGCCCCAAGAGAAAAUGUCAGUUUAUUAUUCAAGUUAUACUGCUUGGCAGUGAUGACCCUGGUGGCUGCAGCUUAUACCAUAGCUUUAAGAUACACAAGGACAUCAGACAGAGAACUCUACUUUUCAACCACAGCCGUGUGUAUCACAGAAGUUAUAAAGUUAUUGCUAAGUGUGGGAAUUUUAGCUAAAGAAACUGGUAGUCUGGGUAGAUUCAAGGCAUCUUUAAGAGAAAAUGUCCUGGGGAGCCCCAAGGAACUGAUGAAGUUAAGUGUGCCAUCAUUGGUGUAUGCUGUUCAGAACAAUAUGGCUUUCCUAGCUCUUAGCAAUCUGGAUGCAGCAGUGUAUCAGGUGACCUAUCAGUUGAAGAUUCCCUGCACUGCUUUAUGUACUGUUUUAAUGUUAAACCGGACACUAAGCAAAUUACAGUGGAUUUCAGUUUUUAUGCUGUGUGGUGGAGUCAUACUUGUACAGUGGAAACCAGCUCAAGCUACAAAAGUUGUGGUGGAACAGAAUCCAUUGUUAGGGUUUGGUGCUAUAGCCAUUGCUGUGUUGUGCUCAGGAUUUGCAGGAGUAUAUUUUGAAAAAGUUUUAAAGAGUUCAGACACUUCCCUUUGGGUGAGAAACAUUCAAAUGUAUCUAUCAGGGAUUGUUGUGACAUUAUUUGGCGUCUACUUGUCAGAUGGAGCUGAAAUUAAAGAAAAAGGAUUUUUCUAUGGUUACACAUAUUAUGUCUGGUUUGUCAUCUUUCUUGCAAGUGUUGGAGGCCUCUACACUUCUGUUGUGGUCAAGUACACAGACAACAUCAUGAAGGGCUUUUCUGCAGCAGCAGCCAUUGUCCUUUCUACCAUUGCUUCAGUGAUGCUGUUUGGGUUGCAGAUAACACGCACUUUUGCUCUGGGUACUCUUCUUGUAUGUGUUUCUAUAUAUCUCUAUGGAUUACCCAGACAAGACACUACAUCUAUCCAACAGGGAGAAACAGCUUCAAAAGAGAGAGUCAGUGGUGUGUGAUUUCAGCCUCAAAAGACUCCUACUGAGACUAAACUGUUGCAUUAAACUAGAGCCUUAAGUCAAUCUGAGAAGGUAGCUUAAACAAAAUACUGUGUCAUAAGAAGAAAGCUAUCUGACCUGUUUUGGGUUAACCUGUUUUGUUUUAGGAUGAAAGAAUUUUACUGUAUAUAUAUUGUAUAUAAAAAAGUAUGGAGAAGAUAUGAUGUUAAAUACAAAAAUCAUGUGAGGAUACAACAAAGUUUGGGACAAGGGUAAGGGUUAAAGUGCCAAAGCCAUUUUUGUACGAACUGUUUUCUUGUUCAGGAACCAGGGGAGAAGGAUGACCUCUCCUUGUUCUCCAAUUCAUGUACAGGAUUUCAUCCCAGCAGCAGUAAAGCCCUAGCUAGCUCUUUCUUAAAAAAGAGAGGCAGCCAAGACAGGUUAGUUCAGAAACAGACUGAGACUGUUUAACUUCUCACACUGAAUCUAUUUCAUAAUGCAGGCAAUGACUUCUGAGUGGUGAAGGAGUACUCCUGUAAGUGCUGUAUUUGUGCCAUUCAUUGUCUGGAUUCGUAUUUCUUUGCUGUUAGAUGAUCUACUUUUUCUUCAAAAAAUAUUUCUAAUGUCACUUUUGUACUUUUUUUUAUAAAGUAUGUUUAAAAAUAUU